CGGUGGUGUCCAGAACUCACCGAAGACUGAUGAGGUAAGAAAGAUACCCACUUCCUUAUUGCCCCACAAUUCAUGUGCCUCGUUUCCAUCGCUUCAGUCAAACUCCAAUUUCAAAUUCUGAAACCAAACCCAUUUCCAAGAUGAGUUCUUCAAAAUCCCCAUCCCAGGGUGAAGUGGAGUUAGAUCAGAAGGAAAAGGCGGCGGAGUGGGUUGAAGCAUUCUUGCAAAGAAGUUUCUUUGAUUGCUGUUCACAUCAUCCAGUCCGGAAGAAUGAGAAGAACAGAUAUUGCAUCGACUGUGAUAUGUCUGCCUGUCAAUAUUGCAUCACUUCUGGCAUCCAUAGGCAUCACAAGAUACUCAAAAUCUACAGGCAUGUCUACAAGGAUGUUGUAUCGCUUGCUGCCAUGGAUAGGUACAUUGACUGUGCAGCCAUUCAGCCAUAUAAGUGCAACAAACGGCUUGUUAUAGCCCUCAAUCCUCUGCCACACUGUGGUACCAUGUCCAAUGUUGAUGCAUCAUGCCAUGUCUGCAACAGAAGAUUGGCUGAACCCCAUCUUUAUCGCUACUGCUCUAUCUCUUGCAAGGUCAUUGCAUUUGAGAGAAAGUCAAAUGAGUUAUCUUCGCCCUUCCUCUCCAUCCAGUCACCAACCAAAGACAAAGAGAAGCAAGCUGAGCAACCAAAGCACAAAAGAAAGGGCAAUCCUCAGAGGGCUCCCUUUUUCUAGACGGUCUAAUUUGGCCUUAAUUUGGCUUUAAUUUGGUAUGUAUUGUCAUUGAACAUGUAAUAGAGAAAGAGGAGACAGUUCUAGUUUGUCUUGAGACAGGAUGUUGCCUGACAAUCAACAUAUACAUGAGAAUCAUCCUCUACCUAUCUAUGCAAACUCUGAAUUUGCAACUCAUGGUAAUGGUAAUCAAUACAGCUAGGACUAACAUAAUUCUCAUAGAUCAGAUUAGAAUUCCAGCAGAAUUCAUUUGCAAUAGAGUUCAUCCAAUAUUCAGUUUCUGGGUUCAACAGCGAGUCAUCAGAAUCCACAUAAUGGAAGGUAGGUUCACUCCUUGGCUGCACAAAAGAGGUGCAGCAUCCUGGAUACACGAACAGAGGUGCAGCACCCUGGAUACACGAACAGAGGUGGGACAGCCUCUGAAUGCUCAACGUCACAGCACUGUGUGUGAUGCACACCCCACAGAUGUCACAUGCCACCAUUCUCUCUCCAUCAUCAUCCUGAGCCCCACAUUCACAGCUAACCGUCCAAUUAUCAGCUACACCUUCAUACCUCAAUUUAGGAUUCAAAUUAAUCCCAUGCCACCUACCACAAUCUCUGUACCUGACUCAACUGCUCCAAACAAUACGUCUCCAUCCUCCAUUUCUUCUAGGCACUCAAUCUGUCACCACAACUUUUUCCAUGAUACAAUAGGUAUCCCCCAGUGUAUUUGCAGCUGCUUGUUUCAGCUCUGAUACCAUGGCAUGCAAUCAAAUUGUUGUCAGUUCUCCAGGUGGUAAUUUCCAUGUCAGUUUAUUUCCAAAUCAAACAAACUUGAGGUCACUUGGCAAAAGAAUCCUAACAAUUGGUUAUCUGCAUCACUUAACGGCCACUCCUUCACAAACUGUUUGCUAUCCAGAACUACUUGAAUAGCAUAGUCCACCAACUCUGAUUCUAGAUAGUUCAAGAGAAAAUUUGUAUGCAGAUAAAGUAUAUCGCUGUAAACAUCAUUCCCAGGGAUUGCUGUGGGAGUUGCAAGAGGUGAUGGAUGCAUCACUAGUUCCAGUUCGGUCUUCUUAACCCCAGCACAAAUGUCAUCAGAAGUAUACUCCAAAACUCAAGAUGAAUUAACUGCACGUCCUACCACAUGACAUCCAACAAUAGCAUUGUUCAUCGAUUUCAAAACAUAAUCCAAUAAGCCCACAUCACUAAUGUGCAUCCUUGCAGCAUCUCUGAGAUCUUACCGAGUCAUCCCACCAUGUCCAGAUUGUUCUCUGUGUUCUUUCCAAGCAUCUACAAUCAUCUCAGCAGUGAAUUCCAGCCAUUUUAGCUGGCCAUCUGCUGUCCAUAUCGGCAAUUAUAAUACUGAAUCUUUUACACCCGGAGGAAGAUUCUUCACUCAAAGCAGCCUUCUUCACUAUUCCACUGUGAUGUUUGGGGGCAGAAGCUGAAGUAGCCAUAACCAAUUUCUGCUGCAGAGGGGUACAGAAUUUGGGAGGCACCAUAAACCGAAUUAGGUAUC